AUGAAGCAACCGGAGGAGGACGACUUUUGUCCUGGGUCCAUUCAUUGGGCGAAGGUGGGCAGCCACCCCUGGUGGCCGUGCAUUAUUCACAACAGUCCAAACGGCGAGGGUUUUGUCAAACUGUUUAAAACGUGCGAAAAAUAUCAUGUGCAAUUUCUCGGUCCUGUCGUCGAGCGAGCCUGGGUAUCUAGCUUCAAUCUCAUCCCAUACCAAACCCAUCAAAAUCUGGAAAGGCAGUUGAAAGAUUUGCAGGCGGCAUGGCCGCAAAAAAAGCCGAAGACGUCCGAGGAUCGCGAAUUUGAUCUGGAGAUCCAUCGCCUAAUUGCAUCUCCAGCACCCUACCGCUUUCAGCCAGUUUGCCCUGUCUGCGAGGUUUUUUCCAGUGCACCUGGCCAAAUGCUCAAAUGUAAGGGUGUUUGCGGACAGAUUAUGCACCCACAUUGUAUGCGCUAUAAGGAACCUCCGCCUGCAGAAUUCUCCUACAUGCUUCAGCUCUGGCUUCCACCACCACCAUCGUGCCUUCUUGUUUUAGUAAAGGGCUGCGGGCGGCAUUUCCACCGCGAUUGCCUUCACCAACACCCCGGUUGUCUGGUCACAGAGAAAGCUGGUGGCGCGGUCCUGCUCACCCGUUGUCCUGCCCAUGUCUGUGCCACCUGCUGUCUGGAGGAUCCUGAAAGUACCGCUAUUCAACCCGAAGGACGACCCAUGCUGCAGUGUGUUCGCUGUCCUCGCGUCUUCCAUACUGGCGAUCUGUGCACUCCUGCGGGUUCUGUGGAAGUCUCCCUGUCACACAUUGUAUGCCCUGCCCACUUUGUCAAGAACCUAAGCAAAUUACCGCAACACAAAGUUCAAAGCAUCUCCUGGUGUUUCCGUUGUCGGAAACCGGGUCCAGAUAGGGUCUUCUGUGAGACUUGUCCUACUAACUACCACAAAGCGUGUAUGGAUCCUGCAGACGCGGUCUCGCCAUCUCCCACAUUUACCUGUGAUAACUGUCGGCGUGGUGUCCAGCCGCGUUAUGCUCAAGUGAUCUGGGCGAAAAUCCCCUGUUUCCGCUGGUGGCCCUAGUAUCAGUGGGUGUCUCGCGGGCAGACCUUUGCCUACGAGAUUGGUCUCGGAUCUUCGGCAACCGCUUUGACAAAAGGCCAUGGCAAGAACGACGUGGCCUUCAACAAGUUCUCUACCCCGGAGGCUGCUGCUGCUCUGGGUUUGACCUCUCAGCGGGACAUUGAUGCUAUCCAGUCGGCAGAAGCUUUUUCCUCCUUCCAGCAAAUCGCCACCAACCGGUUUGCUUCACCGAAACUCGAAAAGACAUGCAGUAUUUUGACACGCAAACCCUCCGCGGACUGUGGCAAUCGUCCCUUCUCAACCCAACCCUCUCUCACCGUCUUCCGCACGCCUAAUCGCGGCUUUGGCCUGAAGCUACUGGAGCGCGUAAAGAAGGUGCGUUUACGGCGCGCCAUUCCGAAAGAUGUUUAA